UUCAGAGGAACAUCUUUGGCUGUAAAAGAAGAGGAAAAAAGUGAAAAGCAAGCAACAGAUACGAGGGGCGUUAUAGUUUUUGUGUGAUUAAACCCUGAGUUUAUCUCUGGAUAAGUCGUGUUGAAGGGGAUGCUGGGUGUCUCAGAGAUGACGGGCAGCAACAUGGCUAAUGCCCUGGCAAACGCCUCGUGCGAGCGGUGCAAAAGUGGCUUUGCUCCGGCGGAGAAGAUUGUUAACAGCAACGGUGAGCUGUAUCACGAGCAGUGCUUCGUCUGUGCCCAGUGUUUCCAGCAGUUUCCAGAUGGACUCUUUUAUGAGUUCGAGGGAAGAAAAUACUGUGAACAUGAUUUCCAGAUGUUGUUCGCUCCAUGUUGCCACCAAUGUGGAGAGUUUAUAAUUGGGCGUGUGAUUAAAGCCAUGAAUAACAGCUGGCAUCCCGACUGCUUCUGCUGUGAUAUCUGCCAGGCCGUGCUCGCUGACGUCGGAUUCGUCAAGAACGCCGGCCGCCACCUGUGCCGCCCGUGUCAUAACCGUGAGAAGGCUCGCGGUCUCGGGAAGUACGUCUGUCAGAAGUGUCACGCCAUCAUCGAGGAGCAGCCUCUCAUUUUCAAAAACGACCCGUACCAUCCCGACCACUUUAACUGCAGCAACUGCGGUAAGGAGCUGACCGCUGAUGCUCGUGAGCUAAAAGGUGAACUCUACUGCCUCCCCUGCCACGAUAAGAUGGGUGUGCCGAUCUGCGGAGCCUGCAGGCGUCCAAUCGAAGGCCGUGUGGUUAAUGCCAUGGGAAAGCAAUGGCAUGUUGAGCAUUUUGUCUGUGCUAAGUGUGAAAAACCCUUUCUGGGACACCGUCAUUAUGAGAGGAAAGGUCUGGCUUACUGCGAGACUCACUACAAUCAGCUUUUUGGUGAUGUUUGUUACCAUUGCAACCGCGUGAUCGAAGGAGACGUGGUAUCGGCUCUGAAUAAGGCUUGGUGCGUGAACUGUUUCUCCUGCGCAACAUGCAACACCAAACUCACCCUCAAGAACAAGUUUGUGGAGUUUGACAUGAAGCCAGUAUGCAAGAAAUGUUACGAGAAGUUUCCUUUGGAGCUCAAGAAAAGACUCAAGAAGCUUGCGGAAACCCUGGGCCGCAAGUAAACCUCCUCACCUGCAGGAGGAGCCAAAGGGUGAUCAAGUAUUACAACAAUGGUGCUUAAAGAAAUGAAAACAGACCAAAGAAAAUCUGGAGUUCAGAUGCAUAACUUGUCUUACAUGUCUUAAAUCUUACGUUUUUUUUAUAAUCUACAAAAAGAUGUCUUUCUUUUUUGAAGUAGCCUGCAGAUUUUCUUUGGUCUUACACCAAAAGUUGUUGCUGUGUGUUAACACGCUUGUAUAAUCACUGAAACCAAACCAAACGUUGUCUAAUGAUAUAUGUAUGUACUUGCAUGUUUAUAAAAGUAAAUUCUAGAUCUAGUCACACCGUUCAGGGGUUUUGGGAUCAUUCAGCACGUAUUUCAGCUUGUUUUUCCCCUUUCUGUAUCUGGCCAUGGGCCUCAGCUUUGAUCUGUUGAUCUAAGAGUGCUUGAUAUUUAAUGUAUGCCCGAGCCUUACAUUUUCUGUCUGGAAGGGAAUCAAAAGUUAGCGCAUGAUGUAAUGAGCUUAGAAGAAUGCGAAAACUUCUAAACCUUUAAAACCAACAACUUGAUUGCUGCGUGAUGAUAUUUCCUCAAAUAUUGUGCUUUAUUAAAGCUUUUGCGGUGUGCUAGAAAUAUGCAAUAAUUUAUAUCACGUUCACUUACGCAUAGUUUUAAAAACAGCGCUGACUGUCACAAUCUUUUACUUUUUUACUUUUAAGAGUUUUAGGAUGUUAGAGGGCUCUUGUAAUCUACAAAUUUAAAUGAUGUGCCUUGUGUUUUUUAUGUUUGAUUUAUCACAAAUGACUGAACGUAAACAUUUCAUCUGAGAAAAUUCUGUUGUUUAUGGGUUGGUUCUGUAUCCACCUUUUAAAAAUGUCUUAAAAUGGAUUAUCAACCCUUACUACAGUUCUGCAAAUGCACAUUUAGUUAUAUUUGUAUAAUUUUUAAUUGUACAUUAAAGUACACUGAAAAAUGAAUAAAUAAAUAAAUUUACCCCAGCAGUCUCUUGGGCAGUACCUUUUAAAGAGGUCCUAAUAAUAUGUACCUUUAAGGUACUAAUAUGAACGUUUCAGGUCUAAAGCUGUACUUUUUGAAAGGGUACCGCCCCAGUGACAGCUGGGGUACAUAUUUUGAAAAUUUCUUUUGAUACGCUUAUUUUCUAGUUUUAGUUUUUCUCCUCUUUAAAAGAAUUUCAUUAUAAAAAUGUAUUAAUUUCAAAACAGAAAUAUAUGGAACAAGCAAAACUAUUUUUACGCAUUUGUCUUAGUCUGUAUUCACAAAAGCAUUUAAGCAAAAUAUACAAAGUUGUGAUGCUUGUUGGCAGCUUUAACAUCUUAAAAUUCACUAAUGUUCUGUAUGAAAUAUAUUAAUAAAGUAUGCACUAUUUCAUGGUAA